AGUGAAGAAAGAGUCUUGUGCAUACACUUCACACGCAGACAAUAAAUUGUCUUCAGUUUUAUUCGUUGACCUGUACAAAGACCACAGUGAAACUUCUUUGGGCACAUCUGAACUUUUCACAGCUUGAACUUGUCCUACUCUCUUCCACCGUUCCAACUCUUCCCUCCCCGCAUCACGACUCUCACUGUCCACUGUGUCGACCAUGGCGGAAGAAACAGUGACCGAUGCCCUACAGACAGCUGUUGAUCACAAUGCCGCAGCCGCCGAAGAUGCGAAGAAGCUCUUAGCAGAAUUGCAGGGUGAUUCCGAGCAGAAGCAGGAAACCAGUGAAACCACAAUUGUCGAGAAGCCUGCGACCGAUGAUUCAGACAAGAAAGAAGAUGACAGCAGAGAUCGAGAACACCGCAACGACAGCGCACACUACUCACGUGGCGGGCGAGGUGGCCGUGGCGAUCGCCGAGGAGGAUUUACUCCUCGCAACUAUCGCAACAAUAGCAAAUUCGACCCAACCUCCAAAGAAGUGACCAAUGACCCUGCCGCUAUUCGCAAACAGGUCGAGUUCUACUUCUCUGACUCGAACCUGCACACUGAUACCUUUAUCCGCAAGUCGAUCAAGGAAAGCGAAAAUCAGUCCGUCGAUGUGAAAACAAUCCAUAACUUCAAACGUAUGCAACGCUUUCAGCCUUUUGAGGCAGUCGUAGAAGCGCUGCGUGAUUCGACUUUUGUGGAAUUGACCGACGAGGAGACACGCGUUCGACGAAAGGACCUACCGGAGGACUGGGAUGACCCGAACAAAAUCACCAUCCAAGAGAAUGCUGCCAUGCCACGCAGUGUCUAUGUCAAAGGCUUUGGGGACGAAGUUGCCAGCACACAAUUCGACAUUGAAGAGUUUUUCGAACCCUAUGGUCCCGUCAAAGCAGUCCGACUGCGACGUGCCCAAGACAAGCUGUUCAAGGGAAGUGUGUUUGUCGAGUUUGAUACGGAGGAGACGGCCAAGGCAUUUCUCGCGUUGGAUCCAAAGCCGCAGUACAAGGGCAACGACCUCCAGAUCAUGAGCAAGCGAGAGUACUGCGAGAAGAAGGCGGAUGACAUCAAAGCCGGCAAGAUCGUACCAAACAAGUCGAGAUUCCAAUCAGGAAGAAGAGAUAACCGUGAUGGUCGAGACUACAAGCGAAAGAAAGACGGAGAAGAUACUCGAGACUGGAGAACUCGAAGAGAUGAGGACAAGAAGCGCGGUUUCAGAGAUGACAAGAGACGUGGUGAUCGUGGACACAAAGGUGGCCGGUCGUAUGAGGACAAGACAGAUGAGAGGGGAGUUCCUACGGUUAAGUCUUCUGCAGGACCGAAGGACUCUGGUCGCGAUGAAGCACUGGCCAAGGCUAGAGCCGCUGUUGAAGAAGAGACGAAGAAAGAGCAAGGAGACCAGGCUAUUCACCAGAAUGGCAGUGCUGAAGAGACUACAAGCAAGAAGCGAGCCAGAGAAGAAGAUGGCGAGGCCGGACCGGAGCCAAAGAAGGUUGAUGCCAAAUCCGAAGAGGUUUCUGCUGCGGCAUCUUGAUCAUCUCCUGUAAUCGAGAAGAAGAGUUUGGGAAAGCAUGGAGUAGUUGUAGGCGAAAUCUGCCCACCAAACUCCCUUCGCCUGCUUACACAUUUCGAUGUCAGGCUGACUACCUUUGCAUGCGUCAACCGGCUUCCACAUCUUGCGAACCUCAUUCGACAACUGCAAGUCUUGUUCCUACUACGAAAAGUAUUUCAAGGGCUGAUACUGGCAUAACAUCUACGUUCAGACAGAAUCUUUCGGGCGCUUCUGUCUACAUCGGAGAAAACCAUGAAUUCACGGGGUGUUGAAGGUGGCCACAGAGCAAACACAUGAUACCUCUAUGUACUUACAUUGGUAGUUUUUCUCGGCGCAUAUCUUCAAGGCGGAAUCAUUACUUAAGAAGUUCCUGUACCUACAUUAGGUAGUUACCUUAAUAUGAAG